CUGCAGCAAAACAAGGUUCCCUAGUCCCUACCCAAACCCACUAUAUGGAUAGAGAUUUGAAAGUGGCAUUCCAUUUCCUCCUCCUUCUGUCAAUCAUGUUUGAAGUUGGAGAUGGAGAUAAGGAGAUCGAUGCAGAUAUAAAUAUAAUAGACGCAGCAAAGCGUUUGUUCUCUUCUCCCCCUUCCUGUUUGCUCCCUACAAAUUUAGAUUUCCGGACCGCCGGCAGCAGGGGAAAUGAAGAGGCAACUGCCAGCCUUAAAGAUGCAGUGCUGAAGAGCUUCCAACAGAGCACAUCAACAGUCGAAGAUACUGCCAAGUCUGUCGCCACAACCCUCAAACAUAAGCUCAAUACUAUCUGAAUUCCAUUUUCAUCAUAAAAAUGCCUGUUGCGUGUUGAAUCAGAAUACAGAUUUUCCAGCAGAGUUUGAUUCAGAUGCAAAGCAAUAUUUUAUUACUUGUGAAAUGACUCCACAUGAAACAUCAUGGUGCAGUCUCCUCCUCCCUUUUUGUUUCUAAUAAACACUAAACACUUGAAAUCGAUGUUAUGCUAUUUAAACUAUAUUUGAGGCCAA